GGGAGGGGCCACAGCAGGAGGAUAUAAAUUGAGUAGCGUUAUAGUUAAUUUAAUCUGGAGUGAACAGGAAGAAGGACACAGAACAUCUCGAUUUUACUGUACUGUUACACGAAGCCAUGMUGAAGUGUAUAGCCGUAGUUCUGUCCGGGUGUGGGGUCUACGAUGGGACAGAGAUCCACGAGGCAUCUGCUGUGCUGGUCCACCUCAGCAGGGCUGGAGCUAAGGUCCAGAUGUUUGCCCCCAACGUGGAUCAGAUGCAUGUGGUGAACCACUGCGAGGGGAAACCCACGGCGGAGAAACGCAACGUCCUGCAGGAGAGCGCACGCAUUGCCCGCGGUGACGUGUCGGACCUUGCCAAACUGGACAUCACCACUUUCGACGCCCUCGUCAUCCCAGGUGGUUUUGGUGUGGCUAAGAACCUGUCUGACUGGGCUGUGAAGGGGAAGGAGUACACGGUUCAGCCCCAGGUAGAGAAGCUGAUUAAGGGGUUCCAUGGAGUAGGCAAGCCCCUGGCUAUGUGUUGCAUCUCCCCUGUCCUAGCUGCUAGGGCCCUGCCAGGGUGUGAGAUCACCGUGGGACAGGACAAAGAGUGUGAGAGAUGGCCCUAUGCCCAGACGGCGACCGCCAUGACUGAGCUGGGCUGUAAACACGUGAAUAAGAACGUGGGGGAGGUCCACAUUGACGUCAAGAACAAGCUGGUCACCACCUCCGGCUUCAUGUGUAACGCUCCCGUACACGAGGUGUUUGAUGGGGUGGGUGUAAUGGUUACAGAGCUACUCAAACUGGCCUAGAAAGUCUGGGAAUCAGAAUGCUGAAUUAGGUUGCACCCUAUUCCCUUUAUAUAGUGCUUAUGGGCCCUGGUCAAAAGAAGUGCACUAUGUAGGGUGUCAUAUGGGACUCACKCUUAGCAUGUUUGUUGUUUUCUGAAGACCAUCCUGAUAUGAUUUUACUCAAGUGUCACUCACUGUUUAUUUAAAAACCUGAAACAGACUUAAUAAGCUCUGUUUUUCUGAUGUACCAUCUGUACUGUGAUUUGAGCUACUAUCAAAAUUGUAAUAAAWAGGAAUGUAAAACAA